AUGGCCGCCGCCGCCUCUUCCUCCUCCUCGCCGCGCGACUACGCCGCCGCCAUUGCCGCGCUCAACUCGCUGCAGAGCAAUGCGCAGGUGAUUGCGCAGAUCCGCAGCAGCGGCGGCAAGAUGAACGCACUCGCCCUGCCCGAGAUGCGCGAGUACUGGCGGCGCAUCGGCUACGAGCUCGAAGAUCUGAACGCACUCAACGUCAUCCACGUCACGGGGACCAAGGGCAAGGGCAGCACCUCUGCCUUCAUCGCCUCUCUCCUCUCCCACGCGCCCCUUGCAGCCGGAGCGGCGGCGGCGGCGGCGCGCCCAAAGGUGGGCCUCUACACGUCGCCGCACCUCGUCUUUGUGCGCGAGCGCAUCCGCAUCGACGGCCGCCCCGUCGACGAGGAGACGUUUGCGCGCUACUUCUGGCAGGUGUGGGAUAGGCUGGGUGCCGAUACUGAGCGAGCACACGAGGCCACUCCACUUCGGCCCGUCUACUUCCGCUACCUCACCUUGCUCGCCAUGCAUAUCUUCCGACAGCUCAACGUCUCGGCCGCCAUCCUCGAAGUGGGCAUUGGCGGCACGUACGACUCGACCAACAUCGUCCCGCGGCCCCUCGCAUGCGGCAUUUCCAGUCUCGGCCUCGACCAUACGGCCCUGCUCGGGCACACCAUCGAGGAGAUCGCAGCGCACAAGGCGGGCAUUUACAAAGAGGGGGUCGAGGCCGUCUCGGUGCACCAGAAGGAGAGCGCAAUGGCAGUGGUGAAGGAAGCGGCGCAGAAGGCAAAGGUGGCUCGUUUCACUGCUCUUCCUCCCGUGGGCGCCAGCGAUGCGCUGCGCUCCAUCCGCCUCGGUCUUCCCGGAGCGCAUCAAGCCUCCAACGCGCAGCUGGCCCUUGCCCUCACGCGCGGCUUCCUCGCCUCUUCGGCCGCUCAGGCCGCCUUUCGCCUGUCGCAGCCGAGCGACCUGGCGUGCCAGCUUGGCGCGCCGCCUCUUGCGUGGGAGAGGACGGCGCUAGAAGAGGCUCAAUGGCCGGGCCGAUGUCAAUGCGUGCCCACGACGACGACGAAGGCCGAGGAAGCAGCUGUCACUUACUUCCUCGACGGAGCACACACGACUGACAGUCUCGCACACGCCACGUCCUGGUUCGUCGAUGCCUCGCCGCCGCCGCCGCCUCCUCCUGCCUCCACUGCGGCAGCGAAGACGCAGACGCAGCGAGUGCUGCUGUUCAACUGCACGCAUGGACGCAGUGCGAGGGAGCUGCUCGAGGCGCUCUUGCAUGGCAUCGAGGACGCAGAGAGGGAUAAGGCCGUCUUUGACCACAUCAUCUUCUGCACCAACGAGACCUACCGGCACGGCUCUUCUGGCGAUCUGACGAGCAAAGGAGAGGACUCGGACGAAGUCAAGGCAUUGGUGGUGCAGCGCGAGCUCGAGGCUGCGUGGCUGACGCUGCGGCCUCGAGAUGCAGCCAAAGUGCAGGUGCAGCCGAGCAUCGAGGAGGCGCUGCGCCGUGUGCGCCAGCUGGCAGCAGCGCCAGAGGCGCCACAGGCGCACGUCAAGACCGACGUCCUCGUCACGGGAAGUCUGCUGCUGGUGGGGGGCGUCAUGGCGCAUCUGAAAGAUGCGGGAGACCUUGAUGAUGCUCUCGUCAGCACGCGGACAUAG